UUUUUGCCCGAUUUCGUCUGUCCGUUCGGCUGGAUGUCGUCUUAAAUAACACGGAUCAACUUUCUGGACGUCUGUUAUGUUUUUGUAAGCUGCCGUUUCGCUCUGUUGGCGUGAUUAAUUCCCUCUAGCGUCUUGCUAACUCUAUCAGAGAGGCUGUUUGCGGGCUAAUCGCAGUUAGCUGGCUGGCUAGCCGUCCGAUCCGAAUAAAACAAGCCCGAAAUCUCGGCGGCUCUUCUCCUGCGGUGUCUGACAGUGGUCGCCUGGGCCACUGGACACUGUUAGAAAGCUGUCCAGCUAAAGAUAGCUGGCAAGCUGUUGGUAUCGACGGCAGGAAUCGGAUCGCGAUGUCAGGACCGUCAUCGGGCUGUGGGUUUCUGAUGUCGGUUGUUGUUCACGGAGACUUGGCUCUCAACGAGCAGGAAAAAGAGCUCAACCAGCGGCUUAGACGCCUUUACCCAGCCGUCAACGAACAGGAGACCCCACUGCCCAGAUCCUGGAGCCCCAAAGACAAAUUCAGCUACAUCGGCCUGUCUCAAAACAACCUCCGGGUGCAUUAUAAAGGUCAUGGAAAGACCCCUAAAGAUGCUGCAUCUGUCCGUGCAACACACCCGAUUCCAGCUGCAUGUGGGGUCUAUUACUUUGAGGUGAAAAUUAUCAGUAAAGGACGAGAUGGGUACAUGGGGAUUGGCCUGUCAGCUCAAGGUGUCAACAUGAACAGACUUCCAGGUUGGGACAAACACUCAUAUGGCUACCAUGGGGACGAUGGCCACUCUUUCUGCUCUUCUGGCACUGGACAGCCCUAUGGACCUACAUUUACAACAGGCGAUGUGAUUGGCUGCUGUGUGAACCUCAUCAACAAUACCUGUUUUUACACAAAAAAUGGCCACAGUCUAGGCAUAGCUUUUACAGAUUUACCGCCUAACCUGUAUCCCACAGUGGGUCUACAGACCCCGGGGGAGGUCGUGGACGCCAACUUUGGGCAGCAUCCAUUUGUCUUUGAUAUUGAGGAUUACAUGCGGGAAUGGAGAACCAAGAUUCAGUCUCAGAUUGACCGCUUCCCCAUUGGGGAGAGAGAAGGAGAAUGGCAAGCCAUGAUUCAAAAAAUGGUGGCCUCCUAUCUGGUUCACCACAGUUACUGUGCCACCGCUGAGGCCUUUGCCAAAUCAACUGACCAGGCUGUACAUGAGGAACUUGCAUCUAUCAAAAAUAGACAGAAAAUCCAGAAGCUGGUCCUGUCUGGCAGAAUGGGAGAGGCUAUAGAGACCACUCAACAGCUUUAUCCCAGCCUGUUAGAGAGAAACCCAGACCUCCUCUUCAUGUUGAAAGUCAGGCAGUUCAUUGAGAUGGUGAAUGGCACUGACAGUGAGGUCAGGUGUCUUGGUGGCAGGAGCCCUAAGUCACAGGACAGUUACCCAGGCUCCCCUCGCCUCUUCAACAGCCCUGUUCACAAACCCAGCAGCUCCCAGGCUUACCAGACAGGUUUUGAUAGUAAUUAUUGUAAUGGAGUUUCAUCAAGUAAAGGCCACACCUCGGCUCACAGUCACAAGUCAUGUCCUCCUACCCUUCCAAGUCCUGAGCUUGGUGUCCUGAAUGGUAGUAGGGGUCAGCAGACGAUUGUGAGUAGCGAAGUGGAGAUGGAGGUGGAUCACUUCUCAAACGGAGUGUCUGAAUCCUCUUCAAAUGGGUUUCUGAAUGGCAGCUCUACACACGGGACAGAGCCAGAGGACUGUGAUGCAGAUAUGGAAGUGGAUAGCACUCAGUCUAAGAGACAGUUGUGCGGGGGGAGCCAGGCAGCCAUUGAGAGGAUGAUCCAGUUUGGCCGGGAGCUACAAAGCAUGAGUGAGCACUUGCGCCGUGAGCGGGGCAAAAAUUCAGCGAAUAAGAAGAUGCUCAAGGAUGCAUUCAGUUUGCUGGCAUAUUCAGAUCCAUGGAACAGUCCCGUGGGCUACCAGCUAGACUCCAUUCAGAGAGAGCCUGUCUGUUCCACACUCAACAGUGCAAUAUUAGAGACUCAUAACCUGCCAAAGCAGCCUCCCUUGGCUCUGGCCAUGGGUCAGGCAGCUCAGUGCCUGUCCCUCAUGGCUCGCACCGGCAGCGGAUCCUGCGCCUUCGCAUCAGUGGAUGAUUACCUGCACUAACCCCUGGAGAAUCAUCACUUUAAACGACCACGUGACAGAGGCCCACAUUAUCCCGCUCCAUCCCAGACUCCCAAAAAAAAAAAAAAAAAAAA